GACCUGGAACUAGGCAGUUAUCUGGUGUAGAGAGGCGGGGGGACGGCGCGCGCGUCACCGGAGUCGUUUCCCUUCAGGAGUCUUCAGCUGUCGAGGGCGCACCCCAGGGCCGACUUGUUUACGGCUCCCGAGCCCCUCCCCGCUCCGAACGUGAGCCAGGGCUCAACCCCGUCACCUCGGCGCCAGCCCUGUGCGGGGGAGACAGGAUGGAGUUCAAGCUGGAGGCUCACCGCAUCGUCAGCAUCUCCCUCGGCAAGAUCUACAACUCGCGGGUCCAGCGCGGCGGCAUCAAGCUGCACAAGAACCUCCUGGUCUCGCUGGUGCUGCGCAGCGCCCGUCAGGUCUACCUGAGUGACCCGUGCCCGGGUCUCUACCUGGCCGGUCCCGCGGGGACGCCGACGCCGCCGCCGCAGCAGCCCGGGGAGCCGGCGGCCGGACCGCCCGCCGGCUGGGGGGAGCCGCCUCCGCCUGCCGCCCGCGCCGCCUGGCCGGAGCCGGAGCCGCAGCCGCAGUCGGAGCGCCCCGCGGUCCCAGACGCGCCGUGGGUUGGGGGCGCGGAGCCGACGGCCACGGUGACCGGAGCCGCGGACGCUCUUCAAGGCAGAGAGGCGGACGCGGCGGAAGCCGCCUGGGGCCGCGUGGAAGGACCGCGCGAGGCGGCCGCCGGAGGAGCCGGGAGCCCCGCCGGAGGCUCGGACGCCUUCCCCGAGGCGCCUCAGGCAGCGCGCCGCCCCUGUGCCUGCCCCUCAGGAGGGGAGGACCGGCGGGGCGCGGCGGCCGCGUCCCCGGGUGCUGACCGCCGCUGCGCGCCGCCGCCCUCGGCGGACGAGUGCCCCGCGCCGCCCGCCGUGUGCCCCAGGAAGCGCGGCGCGGCGGGGGUGGGCGGCGGCCCCGCGGGCUGCCCGGCGCCCGGCUCGACCCCGCUCAAGAAGCCCCGCCGGAACUUGGAGGAGCAGCCGGGCAGGGAAGAGGACGACGGCGCGGAGGAGAUGGAGACCGGUAACGUGGCUAACCUCAUUAGCAUCUUCGGCUCCAGCUUCUCCGGACUCUUACGGAAGAGCUCCGGGGGCGGCAGGGAGGAAGAGGAGGGAGAGGAGAGCGGUCCGGAAGCCGCCGAGCCCGGGCAGAUCUGCUGCGAUAAGCCGGUGCUGAGAGACAUGAACCCUUGGAGCACAGCCAUCGUGGCCUUCUGAGCCCCCGUCCGCGUGCGGGGAGGAGGUUGAGCAGCGGGCGUCCCCGAAGUUAGGGCCGGGCCCCUCCCGGCCGCGAGGACUCCCAGAGACCGCAGGCGCCGAGCGCCGUGGGGAGACUGGUUGCUGCCGGGCAGCGCGAACUGCCCCGGGCUGGGCGGCCUGCUGUGCCGGGACACUUAGCCUCAUCCUGAGACCUGGGAGCUUGGGCUUACAGGAAGAGGCCGAUCGUUAACUUUUGUGUAUGUGUAUGUCUGUGUGUCUGUAUGAUGUAAGUUCGUCUUGUUGAAUUCAGACUAUUUGUCCUUCUGGAAUGCACCACUCCUUCCCCGGAGCUUAAGAGAUUGGGGGCAGACAGGGACUUUCCUCUGCGGGCAGCACGGAGGAGGAAGCGGCGACGAGGUUCGGGCCGGGGAGUUCCCCAUUGGUCCUCGGGGGAGGGAGGGACUUUACACCCACCCCUCAAAGCUAGAACCGUACCGAGCCAGGAGUGGCGUUUCCUCCCAGGAUUUCCUAGGACUAGAGGGAUUUAGUCUGCAGUAGAGACUUGUAUUCUUUCGCUCCCGCCCCACCUUUCUCUCUCACUGAAGAAAUGUUCAUACUGUGUGAUUACCCUGGGAAAGGGGACUAUUAACGGCCUUUCGCUUCCCCACAGGGGGGAGAAAAGCUUGAUGAACUUCACAGAAGAGUUCAAGCUUGGAAAUAUGGAGUUUAUAGAGAAAAGCUAUAUUUUUAAAAGCUCUAGGUCAGAACUACUACACAGUGCUUUUAAAAAGUGUUUAACGAAACAGAGUUUACAGACAGAAGCCCUACGUGGAAAGACCUUAUGGUUUUGUAGAUAUGGUGACUCCAGUCUUUGUUGUAUAAAGGUUGGGGGAGCUGGUAAGGUUUUUGUACAGUAUUUUCUCCUUCAAUGUAUUGAUUUUUGUAUAAAAAUGUAACUUUACGUGUCUGACACGUAUUAAAUAUUUUGAAGCAA